AUGGAUUUGAUAUGUGACAUUCUUAUAGUUGGUGGCGGUGGUGGUGGUGGAACCGCAGCAACUGGAGGAGCUGGAUAUGAGUCAGGCGGUGGCGGUGCUGGUGGUGUGCUGUAUAUGGUCAAUAAGACAAUAUCAGCUGGUACCUAUUAUAUUUAUGUAGGAAAUGGAGGAGCAGCGAAUAGAAAUGGUAAAGGAGGAGGAUUUGGCGGCGGUGGUUCCAAUGGCUCAAGUGGUGGGUCUGGAGGCUCUGGUGGAGCAAUCGAGGAGGUGCUGGGGGUGGUGCUGGAGCAAAUGCUUCAAAUGGACAAGCAUAUUAUGGUGGUGGAGGUGGUGGAGGAAAUAGCAGCAACAAUGGAGGUCUUGGAGGCGGAGGAAAUGCGAGCGGCACAACUCUCAAUAGUGGCACAGCUCAGGCAGGACAAAGCGGAACAGGUGGAGGAGGUGGCGGGUCAUACAGUAGUAAUGGGUCAAUAG